UUAUCGAUUUUCAUGAUCACGUGAUCCUUUUGCAUUUGGUAGAGUCCACGAAUGUCCUUCGUUUGGUGAAGGAAGACCUGAAGGCCACGACUGUGUUAAAAAGCGGGAACCAUGGUGAAGUUUGCUCUUUCUCAGAUAAACUGGACACACGUAUUGGUUCCUAUGGGUUUUGUGAUCGGAUGGUACCUUGAUAAACAACAAGACCAGAAGCUGACAGCUUUCAGGAACAAAAGUGUGUUGUUUAGAAGAGAGCUGAAGCCUGGCGAAGAGGUGACCUGGAAGUAGAUGCCCAGACAGUCCUGUCAGCUGAAGUGUGAAUGGUUGAUGGAUGGUCUUCAAAUCGCUUAAUUGAAAAACAUCCUGUAUAUUAUUUUGAGUUGUAUCAACUAAAAAAAUAAACAUGCCCUUUGUGUUUCAAAGAAAUAA